AGGCUACCACAUCCGGUGUCAAUAACAGGUUAUGAAGUUAAUGUCGAAAAUGCAACAUGACCAUGGGUUUAGAUUUUACUCUCCUGGCCACAGGAGUACAAUAUUUUGUUCAUAAACUAAUUAUAAAGCCUGUCAUAAAUUACAUAUGGUUUGGUAAAGCAGGUUAACCACUCUUGGUAAUGUGCACUGUAUAACCAGAGCUUACCACUCAUAGUCAUUCAGCAUUCCUUAGGUUGUAGCAAAACUCACACACAAUAAGAGUUCCAGAUUCUUACAAAUGAUACACGCUUAGGUGUUAACAUUUGACAUAAAUCUGGUAACAAUUCUACAAAGUUUAUUGUAGAAUUUAGAAGUUGUUCUUUGUUUUGCAUUAUCAGGUGCAGAAACCACUAUGUAGCCAACAUCCUCUGCAGACACAAAAUGAGCUCUUGAAUUCCAGUGUAGACUUCAUUUCCAACCUCAAGUCUUGUUAAAAGUGUUUUUUUCAAUUUUUUUUAUUUAAAAAAAAAAAAAAAGAUUUUCAGAGCAGGCCAGUGGUGGAGGCCGAUGACAUUGUGCUGUUCCUCUGUGGCCACAUUCCAGUGUUCUGACACAGCGAGCGGUGAGCAGGCAGGCGUGGGGGAAAGCGGGCAGCAGGCGGGUUUUGGCUGGCUCACUCUCUUCUCUCUAUGGGAUAAAAGGGAAUGUGUCUGGGACUACAUUUGUGUGUGCCUUUCAGCCUGGCCUCUGGAGCGAGUCUUGCCAAAGCGGCUGUAAAUGGGAGUAUGCUAUGGAGGGGAGGAGUGGGCACUUGAGAGACAUAUAUUGUUUGUGUUGCAUGGAGUGGCAGGAAAAAAAAAGAAGCAUGGGAAAGCUGUGGUGAAGGGCGUGUAUGCUAUGAUGCCCGGACAGAUCCCUGACCCUUCGGUGACGGCAGGCUCUUUACCCAGCCUGGGCCCGCUGGCUGGGAUCUCUGCCACGACGCUCACAGACCAGCUCAAAUACGCCGACCUGUGCAGUCUAGGAGCCAUGUUGUCUCCACUGCACCUACUCGGCAAGUUGAGCAAGCACCAUCUUCCUAUUAAAGCUGAGAAAGAUGAGGAAGAGGAGAGGAGGAAGAGGAGGCGAGAAAAAAACAAAGUGGCAGCAGCACGAUGUCGAAACAAAAAGAAGGAGCGAACAGAAUAUCUACAAAGGGAGUCCGAGAGGCUGGAGAUGAUGAACUCUGAGCUCAAAGCACAAAUUGAGGAGCUGAAGCACGAGCGUCAGCAGCUUAUCCUCAUGCUCAACCGUCACCGGCCGACGUGCAUCGUGAGGACAGACAGUGUGAAGACCCCUGAGAGCGAGGCUAACCCCCUCCUGGAACAGCUUGAGGCCAAAUGAGGAAAAGUGCAAAGACUCUGAGUGGUGCUUUUCCACACUUACUGUUUACAGGUUAGCUUCCAUACAGCUAACUAGAAGCACUUAGCUCUAAACUCUUGGACAUUUAAGGUUGAACGAGUGAAGCACUCCAACCCGUACGCUUGGAGUUUUUGAGCCUUUGUGGAACCCCUGUCUUACCCACGCAUACAUAUCCCAAUCAGAUUGGGUGACGUGCUGACAGAUACAAGUUUGUAGUUCUUUUUCCCCCCUGUUUGUGGUCAUUCUGUGCCUAAUGGUUUUAUCUUAAUCCAACAAGGUUAACAAGGCAGUUUGUAACAGAUAGAAAACAAUAAAAAACACACUCCAUUCCCCAAGGUAUCAUGUAAGAUGUUUUGGCCAUGGAAGUGGAUGACUAGUGCUAUGUCCAUGAUCACAGAUCAUAAUCUGCCCUCAUAAUAUUGCUCUUUCUUUCUUUCUUUCUUUCUUUCUUUCUUUCUUUCUUUCUUUCUUUCUUUCUUUCUUUCUUUCUUUCUUUCUUUCUUUCUUUCUUUCAAGACGCAGGCGUCAUGUAUGCACAUAUACAGUAUAUGGACUGUUUACAUCUUGUUCUUAUAGUUACCUACAAUUUAUAUAAAUAUAUAUAUAUUAUUUUUUCUGAUUUUUAUACUUCAUGUACAUUACAUUAUAUGGACUGUUAUCACUAGAUGUGAUACAUUUUAUAUUACUGCUAUAUAACAGAUAGUUAUAUAACCCCAUUUUCUGUGACCUACUCAUUAUGUUUAAUGGCUGUGAAGAAAUGCAAACAAUAUACACUAUGUAUUUGGGAAGUAUAUUCUACAGUCCUUAAUUAUUAAAUCAGUUCCUCUUCA